GACGGACUAGGGCCUCGCACGGGAGGGGGCGGGCGCGCUCCAGCCUGCGGCGGUGGCGGCAGCCGGACCCCGAGCGCAGCGGGAACCAAGUGAGUCCUUGUCCCCUCUUGGCGCCCUGCCGCCACCACCGGCUCCCUGGAACACCCCGCCGGAUUUCCCUAUGGAUGAAGAGAGCGACCUGGUCCAGUGCCACGAGCAGAGCUGCUGGGCCAGCCUGCCCGACGUGUGCUUGCGCCGGGUGUUCUGGUGGCUAGGAGACAGGGACAGGUCCCGGGCCGCGCUCGUCUGCAGGAAGUGGAACCAAACGAUGUACUCGGCCGACCUGUGGCGCUGCCGGACCAUCACCUUCAGCGGGAGACCGUCGCGGUCCCACGCGUCCGAGUUCGAGUCGGCGCUCUGGUACGUGAAGAAGUUCGGCCGGUAUUUGGAGCACCUGGAGAUCAAGUUCCUGAACCCGUACAACGCCGUGCUGACCAAGAAGUUCCAGGUGACCAUGCGGGGCCUGCUGUCGUGCCUGGGCAAGAGCAACAACCGCCUCAAGUCUCUGUCCAUUCAGCACCUGGAGCUCGACCGGCUGGUGUGGAGGAGCAGCAUCCGCACGUCCUUCAUCAAGAGCCUGAGCUUCUUCCUCAAGAAGGUGAGCAAGCACCUGGACUACCUGAACCUGAAGGGGGCGCGGCUGGCUGUGGAGCAGGGCUGCCACGUGCUCAGCUCCCUGAGCCACCUGCGCAGCGAGAGCUUCGCCUCCGAGCUCAACCUGGAGGACUACUUCAGCCACCACCUGGCCGUGUACAGCAGCCCCCAGUUCAACCAGACCAUGUCGAUGUUCCGCAGCCUGGUGGUCCUGACCCUCAACUACAACUGCAUCUCCGACGAGCUGCUCGAGACCCUGGGCGAGAACAACGCCAGCUCCCUCUGGACCAUCAACAUCAAGUGCCACAUCCACGACCCCCACGGCCAGGUGAUCUGGGGCAUGUCGUGGGCCAAGCUGGCCAAGCACGCGGCCAACCUCAAGGUCAACUUCUUCUUUGAACGGGUCAUGAAGCACGAGCGUCUGACCCGCAUCCUUCUGCAGGAGAUUCCCGUCCGAAGCGUCAGCCUCCGAAGCUGCUACUUCAGCGAUCCCGACUGGUCCAUGCGGCCGACCCUCACUGACCUGCUGCCCACGUACCGCCACACGCUUCAGAAAUUAACUUUUGAAUUCAACAACAACCACGAGUCCUUGGAUGAGGAGCUUCUCCACCUCAUCUUGUCCUGUGAGAAGUUGUUUUACUUCAAAAUCUGGGCUUUCCUGGAUGUCAAGUUUGUGGAGAGAAUCCUGCAGAGUCAGGAAGAGGGCAAGUGCAUGCUUCGCACACUCAAGGUGAGAAUUUAUACAAACAGAUAUGAGACGAAUGAGGAGGACAGAAUGUUGCGGGACAUUUAUCGAAAGUACAGAGACCUGAUCGACACAGAGUUUAACUAUUUUGUCAUCGCCUACCCCAUGAUGUGAGGAGCACACCCAGGAGGAGAGCACCCUCGCUGCUCUUGGGGCUUCUGAGCCCAUCCUCCACAGAGUUGUCCCUGGAGCCUUCCUCCGGGACCUGGCUCCCUCUGCAGCCAGAGCAGAAUCCUGAGGAUUUGGGGCCAGGCGCUCUCCCAGCCUCCCAAGUCCUUUUAAAUGCUGUCUUUACAACUGCCUCGGGCUGCUGAUUCCUCUGCUUGUCCCUUCCGUUUUGUUGUGGUUUGUCCUCACUGCCUAACUCGGGCUCCCCCAGGCGGCCACCGCCCUGGCCUCCCUUGGACUGACUCCAGAUUGGUUCCCAACAUUUUGGCAAUGAAUUUCCUUAGGCCCAAGUUCACGGUUUCAAAGCAAGCCCUUUCUCCUCUCCCAAGAGCUCCUACUGGAAAAAGACAUCUUGGAAGGGGAAAAGCCAAUCCUUUGUCCUAGAAGGACCAAGAGGUGCAAGUAACAGGCAGAAAGCUCUGACCUCGAUGCCAAAAAGUCCUUCCUUGUGAUUACAGCAAUCAUUUGCAGUAGAACAGGCUUCCCGGUGUGGGAAUUGGGGGCCUUGUACAGGGGCUGGGUGGGUAAGGAGGGGUUUCUGGUCCAGGUCUGCCCAGUUGGGCACAACGUCCCCUAGGGCUCAGCCAGCUCAGGGGCAUCUCUGCUCAGAGCCCCCAUCCUGAAGAAUAGAGGAAGUCCUGGAUUCCUUUGGAAUCCUUUAGGUCUCUGUCCUGCGUUCAUCUGUAAGUCAGCAUUACCCACUGGAAAGUCCUGCUUCCUCCUCCUCCUCCUCCUCCUCCUUUGCUUUCUGUCCCUUUGACCUGGGUGCUGAAGCCCGUGGGCCCUUAGAGCUCAGCCCCAGAUCCCGUUUGACUUGGCUCCUGUUGGAUGAUGGAUAGACUGAUCCUUCCGGGGUGCGAGUGGCAGGAGGCUGCAGGCUUCCACUGUCUACUGGGCAAGUGAUGUGGAAGUGGGCUUGGCAGCAGGAGCCAAGCGGCUGUUUCUUCAUGAGAAUCAGAUUCCCAGAAACUCUGAGCGUGCAGGGUUCAGGUGCCUGGAGUCCAGUUUGAGUCUGUCCCCCACCACAAUUACCCCUCACUAAUGAUCAUAGAGCUUCUGCUUAGAGACCUCCAGUGUGGGACUAGGAUGUAUGUGUGUGUGUGUGUGUGUGUGUGUGUGUGUGUGUAAGAGACAGACACAAGGGAAACAAAGGGAAGGGAAAAGAGGGCACACGCAAAGACAUCAUGGUAUUACAAGAAAGUUUAAUAAAGGUAAAUUGAGACAUAGGCUCAGCAAAAUCCGUUUCUUUAGGGGGAUGUAAAGUCUGGCUGGCACUUCAGUAGGGUCAGUGACCCCAGUGUAAAGGGGGCCUCCUUUUUAUUGACACGAAAUAAAGUAGCACAGCUUAGGGAUCAUGGAACGGGACAAUUGGCUAUGCUAAGAAAGUUGGCUCGCAUUCGGGUGGGGCUGGUUGUGUCCCUCUUGGAUCUUUGAGGGAAUGGGAACUGUUUGAUGGGAUCCCUUUGCCGCUUGUAAUCUUUGCUAGAAAGUGCCAGGAGUGCAGUUGAUCUCCCUUAAAGGAGAAUCAAACCUUCCCCGAUUGCACAAGGACAGGCAAGGAGCU